GGCGUCCUAUUACAGUGGAACGAGCCAAGGAUCAGGAUUUGCAGCUCAGCUAUAUAAACCCAGCAGAAUCUGGCUGCUCCGGCCGGUUUGCCUUGCUGUCAAAGCUCGCAGCCCUGCGCCCGGCACAGACCCCGCAGCUCCGCCGAGUUUUGACAGGACGGCAACAAAGUGGGGAGCGCCGAGCUGGCUUCGAACACCCUGUUUAUUCCAUGGAGGCUGCCCACAGCGGGAUCUAAGCUCUGUCAGAGUCUCUAAGGGAACAAACGCACCAGGAAAGAAAAGGAUCUCCAGCUUGCUUUGGCCUGGCUCUGCAAUUUCUGCUGCAGAUUACAAAGGCCAAGCAGACCUAAGACUCUCUCAGCCUCAAAAGGGAACCGGGCACCACAAUGGGACUCCCCAGCCGGGUCUUGGCCUGUGCCGUCCUCGCUUUGCUGUCCCAGCACGUCACUGGGGGACUCAUCAAGAGAAUGAUCCGGCAGAAGAGGGAGACAGGGCUGAAUGUGACCUUGCCAGAGGAUAACCAGCCUGUGGUGUUCAACCAUGUCUACAACAUCAAGCUGCCCGUUGGCUCCCUCUGCUCCGUGGACCUGGACACGGCGAGCGGCGACGCUGACCUGAAGGCGGAAAUUGAGCCUGUCAAGAACUACGAGGAGCACACGGUGAAUGAGGGGAACCAGAUUGUCUUCACUCACAGGAUUAACAUUCCCCGCCGGGCUUGUGGCUGUGCAGCUGCCCCAGAUAUUAAGGAUCUGCUGAGCAGACUAGAGGAGCUGGAGGGGCUGGUCUCCUCCCUGCGGGAGCAGUGUGCCAGCGGGGCUGGAUGCUGUCCUAAUUCCCAGGCAGCAGAAGGUCGCCUGGACACCACACCCUACUGCAGCGGGCACGGCAACUACAGCAUCGAGAUCUGCGGCUGCGUCUGCGAGCCCGGCUGGAAGGGCCCCAACUGCAGCCAGGCCUCGUGUCCCUCCGACUGCAACGACCAGGGCAAGUGCGUGGACGGGCUGUGCGUGUGCUUCGAGGGCUACACGGGCCCGGACUGCGGCCAGGAGCUGUGCGGCCAGGGCUGCGGCGCCCACGGGCGCUGCGUGGGCGGGCGGUGCCUGUGCCACGAGGGCUUUGUGGGCGACGACUGCAGCGUGCCCCUGUGCCCCCACAACUGCCACGGCCGCGGGCGCUGCGUGGACAGCGAGUGCGUGUGCGACGAGGGCUUCACCGGCGAGGACUGCAGCGAGCUCAUCUGCCCCAACGACUGCUUCGACCGCGGGCGCUGCGUGAACGGCACGUGCUUCUGCGAGGAGGGCUUCACCGGCGAGGACUGCGGGGAGCCCACCUGCCCCAGCGACUGCCACGGCAACGGGCGCUGCGAGAACGGGCUGUGCGUGUGCCACGAGGGCUUCGUGGGCGACGACUGCAGCGACAGGAGGUGCCCCAGCGACUGCCACGGCCGCGGGCGCUGCGUGGGCGGGCGCUGCGUGUGCCACGAGGGAUACCUGGGCGAGGACUGCGCGGAGCUGCGGUGCCCCAACGACUGCCACGACCGCGGGCGCUGCGAGAACGGGCAGUGCGUGUGCCACGAGGGGUUCAUCGGGGAGGACUGCGGGGAGCUGCGGUGUCCCAGCGACUGCCACAACCGUGGGCUGUGUGAGAACGGGCAGUGCGUGUGCCACGAGGGCUUCACCGGGGAUGACUGUGGCCAGCUGCGGUGUCCCAACGACUGCCACAGCCGCGGCCUGUGCGUCAACGGGCAGUGCGUGUGCGAUGAGGGGUACACAGGCGAGGACUGCGGGGAGCUGCGGUGUCCCAACGACUGCCACAACCGCGGGCGCUGCGUGGAAGGGCGCUGCCAGUGUGACAACGGCUUCGCUGGGGACGACUGCGGCGAGCUGGCCUGCCCCAACGACUGCCACGGGCGUGGGCGCUGCGUCAACGGGCGCUGCGUGUGCCACGAGGGCUUCGUGGGUGAGGACUGCCGGGAGCUGCGGUGCCCCAACGACUGCAACAACGCGGGGCGCUGCGUGGACGGGCGCUGCGUCUGCGAGGACGGCUACGUCGGGGACGACUGCUCCGAUGUGUCUCCUCCAACUGAGCUGACUGUGACCAACGUGACGGACAAAACUGUCAAUCUGGAGUGGAAGCACGAGAACCUGGUCAAUGAGUACCUCAUCACCUACGUCCCCACCAGCAGUGGGGGCUUGGACAUGCAGUUCACUGUGCCAGGAAACCACACAGCCGCCACCAUCCACGAGCUGGAGCCGGGUGUGGAGUACUUCAUCCGUGUCUUUGCCAUCCUUAGAAACAAGAAGAGUAUUCCAGUCAGCGCCAGGGUAGCCACAUAUCUGCCAGCUCCUGAAGGUCUGAAAUUCAAAUCUGUUCGGGAAACAUCCGUGCAGGUGGAGUGGGACCCUCUCAACUUUUCUUUUGAUGGCUGGGAGCUGGUCUUCCGUAAUAUGAAAAAGGAUGAUAAUGGUGACAUAACCAGCAGCUUGAAAAGGCCAGAGACAUCCUACACGCAGCCAGGUUUGGUCCCUGGGCAACAGUACAACGUGUCCAUCCAUAUAGUGAAGAACAACACCAGAGGACCAGGACUGUCCAAAGUUAUCACCACAAAGCUUGAUGCCCCCAGCCAGGUGGAGGCCAAAGAUGUCACGGACACCACGGCUCUCAUCACCUGGUCCAAGCCCUUGGCUGAAGUUGAGGGCGUGGAGCUCACCUAUGGCCCCAAGGACAUUCCAGGGGACAGGACAACCAUUGACCUGUCUGAAGAUGAGAACCAAUACUCCAUUGGCAACCUGAGGCCACACACAGAGUACGAGGUGACGCUGGUCUCUCGUCGAGGGGACAUGGAGAGCGACCCUGUGAGGGAAGUCUUUGUCACAGACCUGGAUGCUCCAAGGAACCUGAAGAGGGUGUCCCAGACUGACAACAGCAUCACCCUGGAGUGGAAGAACAGCCACGCCAAUGUCGAUAAUUACCGAAUUAAGUUUGCCCCCAUCUCUGGUGGGGACCAUGUGGAGAUCAUGGUGCCCAAAGGCAGCCAGGCCACCACCAGAGCUACACUCACAGGUUUGAGGCCUGGAACUGAAUAUGGCAUUGGAGUGACAGCAGUGAGGAAUGACAGGGAAAGUGCUCCUGCUACCAUCAAUGCUGGCACUGAUCUUGAUAACCCCAAGGACUUGGAAGUCAGCGAGCCCACCGAGACCACCCUGUCCCUUCGCUGGAGGAGGCCAGUGGCCAAGUUUGACCGCUACCGCCUGGCGUACAGCGCUGCUGGGGGGAAGAGGGGCGAGCUGGAGAUCCCUGUGGACAGCACCUCCUUCCUGCUGCGGGGGCUGGAUCCAGGCACCGAGUACAGCAUCAGCCUGCUGGCAGAGAAGGGCAGGCACAAAAGCAAACCCACCACUGUCAAGGGUUCCACGGAGGAGGAGCCUGAGCUGGGGCAGCUCUCAGUCUCAAAGCCUGGCUGGGAUGGUUUCCAGCUCACCUGGACAGCAGCUGAUGGGGCCUAUGAGAGCUUUGUCAUUCAGGUGCAGGAGGCUGGCAGCCCCGAAGAGCCCUGGAAUGUCACAGUCCCGGGGAGCCAGAGCUCUGUGAAUGUCACCGGCCUCAGGGCCAGCACUCCUUACAGCAUCACCCUGCAGGGGCUCGCUCGGGGCUACAGGACCAAGCCCCUUUCUCUUGACACCACCACAGGAGAGCAGCCCGGCGUUGCUGAGCUCAUGGUUUCCGACAUUACCCCCGAAAGCUUCAACCUGUCCUGGACAGCCUCCAACGGGGACUUCGACGUCUUUACCAUUGAAAUUAUUGAUUCUAACAGGUUGCUGGAGCCCAUGGAGUUCAACCUCUCAGGCAACUCAAGGACUGCUCAUAUCUCAGGGCUUUCUCCCAGCACUGAUUUCAUUGUCUACCUCUCCGGGAUCUCUCGCGGGUUCCGCACGCAGGCAAUCAGUGCUGCAGCUACCACAGUAGAGGAACUUCUCCUUAGCAAACUCAGUGUAUCAAACGCUACCUCAGACAGCCUGUCACUCUCCUGGGAGACACAGGACAAGGCCUUUGACCAUUUUAUUCUGGAAGUCAGGAACUCUGAUUUCCCCUUGGACUCCCUGGUGCUCACAGUGCCAGGGGACACCCGGCACUCUGUAGUGACCAACCUCAAAGCUGCCACUAAUUACACAGUCCAGCUCCAUGGGGUAAUUGAUGGGCAAGGUGGGCAGACCUUGACAGCCAUGGCAACCACAGAGGCUGAGCCACAGCUGGGCACGCUCAUCCUCACAAACGUUACCCCCGACAGCUUGAACCUGUCCUGGAGCACGCGAGCCGGGCGCUUUGCCGCCUUCGUUAUCCAAAUCCGCGACUCGCUGGCGGCGCAGGAGCCCCGGGAGCUGACGGUGCCGGGGGGCGCCCGCAGCGCCCACAUCUCGGGCCUCACAGACCACACUGCCUAUGACAUUCACCUGCAGGGCACCACCAGGGCGGGUGUCCCCACAGAGCCCCUCACUGCUUUUGUCACCACAGAGGCAAUGCCCCCACUGGAAAACCUAACAGUGUCUGAUAUGAACCCCUAUGGGUUCACAGUGUCCUGGAUGGCAUCGGAGAAUGCCUUUGACAACUUUCUAGUAGUCGUGGUGGAUUCUGGCAAGCUGCUGGACCCACAGGAGUUCCUCCUUUCGGGAGCCCAGAGAGAGCUGAAGCUUAAAGGCCUAAUUACUGGCAUUGGCUAUGAGGUUUUGCUUUAUGGGUUGGCCAAGGGGCACCAAACAAAGCCCCUGAGCGCUCUGGCUGUUACAGAAGCAGAACCCGAGGUCGACAACCUUCUGGUUUCAGACGCAACUCCAGAUGGAUUCCGUCUCUCCUGGACUGCAGAUGAGGGGGUUUUCAACAGUUUUGUUCUAAAAAUCAGGGACACCAGAAGGAAAUCUGACCCCCUGGAGCUGAUAGUGCCAGGCCACGAGCGCACCCAGGACAUAACAGGGCUGAAAGAGGGCACUGAAUAUGAGAUUGAGCUCUAUGGAAUUGGCAGUGGACAACGAUCCCAGCCUGUAAACACAGUAGCAUCCACAGUGGUUGGCUCUCCCAAGGGAAUUUCUUUCUCUGACAUCACGGAAAAUUCUGCCACAGUCAGCUGGACCCCCCCUCACUCCCGCGUGGAAACCUUCCGGAUCUCCUACGUGCCCACCACGGGAGGUACUCCAAAUGUUGUCACAGUGGAGGGGACCAAGACAAGGACCAAGCUGGUGAAGCUGGUGCCAGGUGUGGAUUACAAUGUCAGCAUCAUCUCUGUGAAAGGCUUUGAAGAAAGUGAGCCCAUCUCUGGCAUCCUGAAAACAGCUCUGGACAGCCCAUCAGGCCUGGUGGUGGUGAACAUCACAGACUCUGAGGCUCUGGCAACCUGGCAGCCAGCGAUUGCUGCUGUGGAUAACUAUGUGGUGUCCUACUCCUCUGAGGAAGAGGCAGAGGUGACCCAGCUGGUGUCGGGGAACACGGUGGAGUACGACCUGAAGGGGCUGCAGCCCGCCACGGAGUACACGCUGCGCGUCCACGCGCAGAAGGACGCGCAGAGGAGCGAGACCCUCUCCACUCGCUUCACCACAGGGCUGGAUGCUCCAAGGGAUUUGAGUGCCACUGAGGUGCAGUCAGAAGCUGCUGUGAUAAGCUGGAGGCCUCCCCGUGCUCCAGUCACUGAAUAUCUCCUGAUCUAUGAAUCCAUUGAUGGCACAGUCAAGGAACUUGUCCUAAAGCCCGAGACAACUUCCUACAGCCUGGCAGACCUGAGCCCCUCCACACAGUACACAGUGAAACUGCAGGCCCUGAGUGGGGCCCUGAGGAGCAAAACCAUCCAGACCAUUUUCACCACCACUGGGCUCCUCUAUCCCUACCCCAAGGACUGCUCCCAGGCCCUGCUGAACGGAGAAGCCACCUCUGGGCUCUACACAAUUUACCUGAACGGGGACAGGGCUCAGCCUCUGCAGGUGUUCUGUGACAUGGGCGAGGACGGGGGCGGCUGGAUCGUGUUCCUGAGGCGUCAGAAUGGAAAGCAAGAUUUCUACAAGAACUGGAAUACUUACGUGGCAGGUUUUGGAGAUCCUAAGGAUGAAUUCUGGAUAGGUCUGGAGAACCUGCACAAAAUCACCUCUCAGGGGCAGUACGAGCUGCGGGUGGACCUGCGGGACAAGGGGGACACGGCGCACGCGGUGUACGAGCGCUUCAGCGUGGGCGACGCCAAGAGCCGCUACCGCCUGCGCGUGGACGGCUACAGCGGCACCGCGGGUGACUCCAUGACCUACCACAAUGGCAGGUCCUUCUCCACCUUUGACAAGGACCACGACUCUGCCAUCACCAACUGUGCUCUGUCAUACAAAGGAGCUUUCUGGUACAAGAACUGCCACCGAGUCAACCUGAUGGGCAGAUAUGGUGACAACAGCCACAGUCAGGGCGUCAACUGGUUCCACUGGAAGGGCCACGAGUAUUCCAUCGAGUUUGCAGAGAUGAAGCUGAGACCCUCCAGCUUCAGGAACCUGGAGGGGCGGCGGAAGCGAGCGUAGGGCGGGCAGGGCAGGGCUGGGGAGGGCACAGG